AUGGGUGUCUUGCGACCUGCCACAAUCGGAGCAGCUGCCUGUGCCACAGCGCUGAUGACCAUUCCUCCGCACACGGCGCGAGUGGUGAGUCAAGUCCUGGCGUCUGUCGGCAGCGGCAAGGUCCUGAUAGCAUCCGGCUUGAACUCCAUGGUCAGCUCCUACGUUGCGGGCCUCUCUGGGGGCCUUGUGGGCGCCGCUGUGGGCGGCGCCGCUGGACCGCUGGGUGCGGUCGUGGGUUCGGUCGUCGGAGCCGCAGCCGGCGGCGAGAGCGGGAAGUGGAUGGCACAAUCCCAGGUCGUUGACUUCCACCACUUGAAGCACUACCGGUACUAUACUUCCACUGCCGAUGGCCACCAGUAUCUGUCCCACCGCGCUACCAUUCAAGCGCCGGGAGCAGAGAUACUGGUCCUCAUCGUCUUGGUGCAGGCAGGGACAAACGGCGUGCGAAAUCUCUGGAGCUACGCGAACGGACAGAUGUCUGGCCAAGACAUGGCCGUGGCCUUCGGCAGAGAUUUGCGCGACGGGGUCAUUGUGUCGACCUCAGCGCAGGUGGUGCUGAAGGCGCUCCAGUGGGGCCAGGGCCAUGCCACCGGCUCCUGGAUUGCAUCUCUGAGUGCUACAACGCUGAGUCAACCUGUGCCGGUUCUAAUGGCAGUCCUCACCGGUGGGCUCAUUGCCUCGCAAUGCCUCCGCUACUCCAUGGGGACCAUUUCUCUGGAGCAGUUGCGCGCAAACUCCGUUCUCGCUGCCACCGUGUCUGGGGCAGGCAUCGCCACGAACGUGGUCUGCAUCGGGCUGCACCUGCCCUUCGUCAGUUGUGCCCUGCUGACCUGCACUGCCAGCAAUCUCGCCGGUUUGUGGGCCUAUGAGGCCUGGCGAGCCGGACAGCAGGAUGCGCUGGAGGACAAGUUGCUGGCGCUGGCUCGGGAUGUCUUCGGGGUCGGACCUGGGUCUGGUUCUCAGAUCGUGCAAAUGGUAUUGCAAGCCGUCUGCUUGUUUCUCUCGGUUUGUUGA